AUGUCUGUUCAAAAGAACUUCUAUUUUGUGAUAGUCGGUCACAGUGAUCAACCUCUAUUUGAAAUGGAUUUCCCGAUUGUCGAUAAGAAGUCACGCGAGUCAGAAAACAGGCAUUUGAACCAAUUCAUCGCUCACGCUGCACUUGACGUGGUUGAUGAACAAGCUCUUACCAGUAAUAAUAUGUACCUUAAGAUGGUUGACAAGUUCAACGAAUGGUUUGUAUCAGCUUUCGUUUCUGCUGGUCGUAUCCGAUUCCUAAUGCUUCACACUCAACGGUGUGAUGAAGGGAUCAAGCAGUUUUUCCAGGUGGGUUUUUAUAAUUGUCGAGAUCUAUUGGAGGCGGUUGCUCUAUUCACUUGA